UUCCACAAAAAAUAGUAAAUUUUAUCAAUAUAAUUAGAAUAAUGAUUUGGUUAUAUUGUUACUAUUGUUGCUGCUGUUGUUGUACCUGGGAAUAUUUGCCCCUUUAAACUUUAAUACCCGUCUCUUCAAAGCGUAUUUUCAUUGGUACAAUAAAUGCCAAAGGUUUUUAUCGUAGGCUUGGUUGUUGACAGCAAAGUGUUACAGCAGGAGGCGCAUGAGAAACUCCUUUAACAUCCUGCGUAUUUGUAUUGAGAUGUUGUGAAAAAGUCUUUUUUCCCAUAUAAAUAUAUAUUGCCAAAUGUAAUCCGAAUUGUAAAGUUGUAUAGGAUGUGAUUUUAUCCGUGCUGUGCAGAGAAAUCCUGCCAUCUCUCACUGUAAACGGUCCAUCCUGGUUACAAAUGCCACGCUUUGUUAGAUGCGUGUCCUGUGAGUGUUUGUCCAGCGUUUGGGUGGAUAAAGCAGUUAACUGAUAAUACGUGAUGACCGUGCUAUCAGUGUCAGAUAAGUUUCAUGUGAUUUUAUAGAACAAACAGAGAGCAAAAUAGAUUAGUUAUAAUAAUUACAGAAAAAAAUACUGCAGUGUCUUAUGCAGCUACACAGUCGUGCAGCGUGAGAGGUGAGCGUUUUCUGUUGUAUAUGUGUGUGUCGUAAACGGGUGGAUUUUAUUAUUGCACAAGUCAUAUGCUUUGUGUAGAGAGCUGUGGGUCCGCAGAGCAGCGGCUCGUCAGUGCCUCAAAGAAGCGUGCGCACUAACACUGUUGUCUUUUUUUGAUCAUUUGAAUGGGCGAACCCGCAACAUUGAGAUUUGCAUUGUUGUGAUGGCGUGUUUCCUCAGGAUUCAACACAUUUUGAACUCCAACAACGGACAUCAGCGUCACUAUUAGAAAUAGUCCUUUGUUUGUGACAAGCUUUAUUUUCUCAGGGCUUGAAUUUCACAUCUACUUUGUGUUCCAGAGGGGAUGGGGUUAUUUUUUCCACAUGCAGGAAAGCCUCACCCACAUAAGUUUGGCUCCAUGCAGUAAACAAGUUAGUUGAUUGGUUUUGCUUUAUAUACUGUGAUUUAAUAAGGAAAACACCAACGUAAGCCACUGCGAACAGCGCUGGUGGUACCAGUGCCAUGCUUUCCAUUGGUUCCUGUUUACAUGAUGCCCACAGGACACGCGGUGAUUGGUGGCGCUUCACACGUGACCAGGCAACUUUGUACAUUUGACAGGGAGUAGGAGGGUUUUGUGGAGAUCAGAAAAACGACAGCGCGAUAAAAAUUAGUAUUGUUGCACUUCACAAAUUAAUGACCAUGAGUUCCUACUUGAUAAACUCCAACUAUAUCGAGCCUUCCUUUCCCCCAUGCGACGAAUAUCAGCAGAGCGGAUACAUCCCCAACCCUGGUGAUUACUACGAGCGGCCAAAAGAUACGGGCUUCCCCCAACACAACGAGCCAUCCUAUCCGAGGUCAAACUAUACAGAAUCGGGCUACGACUACGGUAAUGUCCCCGCCGCCGGACUCGAUGAUUUCGGCGAUGGCCACCACGCACAGCCUCAACCGGUUCCACAGAGCCACGGUCCUCGCCUCACCGCGGCCCCAGACGGUGGCGCAGGGGCAAAUGCCAGCAAAGACUGCAGCCUCGCCAGUGAGGUAUAUCCCGGCGUAGCGAAGGGCAAGGAGCCGGUGGUCUAUCCUUGGAUGAAAAAGGUCCACGUUAGCACCGUCAAUGCCAGUUACACCGGAGGAGUGCCCAAGAGGUCCCGCACUGCCUACACCCGCCAGCAGGCUCUGGAGCUGGAGAAGGAGUUCCAUUUCAACCGGUACCUGACCCGGCGCAGACGGGUGGAGAUUGCGCACACCAUGUGUCUCUCCGAACGCCAGGUCAAGAUCUGGUUUCAGAACAGGAGGAUGAAGUGGAAGAAGGAGCACAAGCUUCCCAAUACUAAGAUCCGCUCCUCCAGCUCGGCCUCGUCCUCAGCCUCGGGGGCCCAGCAACAGCAGCAGAUCAAAACAGGCCAGCAGCUUGUGCCCACGCCGUGCACCGCAGGUCUAUAGUGCUUAAAUGACCCGCACCCCACAAUCCAGACUGAGAUGGCAAAUAACACAAGCGGAAUUUGAUGGACCGAUUCUCAGUAUUUUACACACAUGGUGUUCUGUCUUUCCCCUUGCCUCUGCCAUUGGGCCCCUGUCACGUCCUUUGUACCCUUCCCCUCUCCGCUCGUCCUCGCCCUCCUCAUAUAAGCUUGAAAUUCACCUUUAAUUGCCACGGUGGCAACUGAAGUGUUUAUAUAUUCGUUUAUUAUUAUGAAAGAAGGAUAACGCACAUUCAAACGUAGGACUUGGAUCAAAAUGUAUCAUUACAGUUAAACAUUGAGUGAGGUAAAAGUAAGUUUGAAGUCAUUUUUUUCUACGUUCUCUUGGAUUAUUGUUUCUCGUUUUUUUUUUAUUAUUAUUGCUCAUGGAAAGUUCUAAUAUACUUGAAAGGUAUUUAGCGAGACUCUAGAUGCCUGUUAGAAAACCAGACCGGCCGUUUGGCAUCAGUCAGAGUAACAGUGUAGUUUGUGUGUUUGAGUGGGUUGGUUUACUGUUGAAUGUAGUCCAGGUGACUUUCACAUUUAAUGUACAUAGGCAAAUCAUAAUGAAGGCACAAUAAGCAAAGAAUUUCGUCCAGUAGGAUUAUGUUUGUAGGUGUUGCAAAGUCUACUUUUAUUCGUGCUAGUCCGUCCCAUGUUGUGCUGUGUUCUAAACUGUGAAUAUUUGUAUGUGUUGUCUCAGUAAUGACCGUUGUGAUGUAGGCUAGAGUAUAGGUUCAAUCUGUCCUUGUGAAAUAAAUAUGUCCUUCACUUAUGA